AUGGGCAAUGCAUUUUGUCAGCAUGAAAAGAAAAUAACUGUCACCGCAGUUGACGUCACAGUACUGCUGCUGCUGUUUGGGGAAUUGGUGCUCAAUGUUGAGCCAGAAAUUGUCCAUCCAUUAGGUGACCAUCCUGACUUUGCGACUGGUGGUGUUGGUACCUUUCUGGAGGCGACAACAGGGGAUCGGAACGGCAGCUUGUGGACUGCUGUGAGGGAAAGUGAUCACACAGCUGUUCUACAACUGGUUGAUGCUGUGACUUUCUUGUUGAAUUCUGGGACAGAAAAAUUACCUAACACAGAAAGGCGGGAACAGAUACGGAGUGAUAUGAUGGAGGCAGUGGGAAAUUUAACUAUUGACAGCCUAUCUACUGCCCAGCAAGCAGCAGAGACAUUGACCAAACUCACAGAACACACCACAGAGAUUACUGCAGACUCACAGGUACUGAACACUUGA